AUGUCUGAUAUAGAGGAAACAAUAAAUAGAAUCAAAACCCAUAAAUCAGUUUAAGGGAUAGUCAUUUGUAACAAUGAUGGCCAAAUCAUCCGCAGCACCUAUGGCUCAGAAAGUAAAGAAGGUGAAAAUAUUGCCAGGACAAUCCCAACUCUGGCAGCCAAAGCCAAGUAAGUUACUUAAAUUUAUUCGCAGAUCCACUGUCAGAGACCUAGAUCCCAUGAAUGAAUUGACCUUCCUACGCAUAAAGUCCAAGAAUAACGAGAUCAUGGUGGCUCCCGAUAAGGAAUUCUUGUUGAUUGUUGUUUAAGGCCCAAAAGAAGAGAAAAAAGAAGAAGAAUGAAAAAUAAACAUUU